CUGCCAUAUUACGUAAUGCUGAGAGUGUACCAGGUUGUGUUGUCAGUGGGUUGUGGGAGGGUGAGAGGACACUGAUAGGUCUGCUGGCCUUUAAAACAUACAGAACUACACACAGUGUGGUGAGAAACAAGGCAAACAGGAGUGAAGUGUCCGGUGAAGCCAUGGCCUCCAGUCUCCCGCUCCUCCUGCUGGUGCUAUGCAGUCUGACGGUGGCUGAAGCCCAGCUCAAAUUGUUUAACCUGCGGGCGAGCAAUCUUCCCUCCAACAUCCUGGGAACCACAGACGGCUACGUCAAGGUGUUCUGUGGCCCUGCCGUUCUUGGCGAGACGUCUGUCCGCAACAACAACCCAAACCCCUGGUGGGCGGAGGAGUUCAGCCACUUCAAGGCCCAGGAGAAUGACAUCCUGAGGCUCGAGGUGCACGACAGUGACAUCAUCUUCAACGACCUGCUGGGAGUCUGCCAGAGACGGAUCAAAGUGGGAACCCAUGAGCACGACUGCUUCCUGGAGAAAGGCGGAACGCUCCAUUACUCGUAUACCCUUGGUGGUCAACAGGCUUGUUUAGAUGUGUGAGACGUGUUUUUUACAGGCAGCUUGUAUCUAAUGUCCACAUCUUGUUUUUGAUCUUAUUAAUCUUCAAUCAGAUUACCUAGAAAUAUCCAACAUGCUUUAUUAAAUAAACCCUUUACAUUUCCA